AUGGAGAUCCAUGGUAAAGAAAGCAUAGAGAGAUUAAUUAUAAAAUGUUAUAUAUUUGAUAAAUAUAAUUUAAAUAGUUGUAAAUAUCCUCCAAAUUUGAUGUCAGAUAGUAGUUACUUGAAAAAUAAACUAUGUGUAGAUGUAAACGAACAGCCUGAUGAUGAAAUAGAGGAAGAUGAUAUUAUAGAAUGUAAAGAAAGAUUAAGAAAAUUUGUAGAGGAAAAGUUAAAUGAAUAUGGCGAACCUAUUAAAUUUGGAAGAACAAAAAUAAUAAAAGAAUAUUUUUCAAAUAUAAAGGCUAAUUAUUUAGCGAAAUUAAAAUAUGAUGCUCCAUUAGCUUCAUACAUAAUAGACCUUGAUGAUAAAUAUUUAGUUAAAGAUAAUUUCCAAAUCAAAUUGGAGCAUUACAAGAAUCAUAUUUUAUCAAAAUUUAAUACAACUAUUAACAUCAAAAUUAUAAAGUUUUUAGAAGAACUUUCUAGUGAAAAAACAACCAAUGAAGUUAGAAAAAUUAAUUAUAUAGAAUUCUAUAAGCUUGUUAGUAAAUUAGGGAAAUUAGCUUUAUUAGAUUCACUUAAAUUUGUUGAAAAAAAGCCUGUUGAAAUGAUUGUUGACUGUACUAAAGAUUCAAAUGAUCUAUUGUAA